AACCAUUUAAAAUCAAUAUCCCUUAAUCUUCUUGGGAAUCUCAUGGAGCCUUUGUUGAAUGUGGCCCACCUUCAAAAUGGGUAUUUAUCUCAGUUUUUCAACUACUUCAAUUAUUUAUGGCAAUUUCAGUUUUUGAAACGAAUGUGCUGAUUUAAGUAGGCCUAAUAAGCAUCGGAGCUUGAAUUCUGAAAUUCACUAACAAGUGGCAAUAAUUUUGUGCAGUGAGCAUCUGCUGUUAGUACAACUGUACCAAGAAGUUGGUAAUGACAAGUUCGAGCUCGAGAUGUGUACCGUGUGGACAGAAACAUCUGGCGAACAAGGGCUUUGGUGAUAGGUCAUAAAGUCCGGUCAUGUGACUUGCUUGACAUUGGUCCACGUAUCUACCCACACCCCUACAAACUCAAAACCAUAGAAUGAACAGCAGAAAAGCCGCUGGCAUGUAGCCUCAAUCAUCUUGUUUCUUAUGAGUCCCUUUUGUUUGAAUUUAAUUGGAAAAAAAACUGAUCAUCAUUUUGUUUAACCAUUAAGUUUUUUAUACCUUUGGAAGUUGUGUGAAGUGAUCUGUAAAAUUAGAAAGGAAGUUAUACAACGGUACCAAGAUGUAUAAGUUCAGACUUCACGGUUUGGUCGCGGACAUGUGGCCGUUGAUCAGGAUCAUGCAAAUGACCGGCUUCUUCUUGUUGGACUAUCAUGAAGACAUGAGCUUCGGCUGGACGUCCAUCAGAGCUGGGUAUGCAGGCUCUAUAUCUGGCCUCAUGGUAAUACAGUUCGCCCUGAUCUUCAUCAACCUCAUGAAGCAAUCCGACGACGUCAAUGACCUGACAGCCAACACGAUCACGGUGCUCUUCUUUGUCCAUUCGCUGGUAAAAUUCUUCUACUUCGCUCUGCGCCGCGGCAAAUUCUACCGGACGCUGGCCACGUGGAACAACGCCAACAGCCACCCGCUCUUCUCUGAAAACCACUCGCGUCAUCACGCGACGGCGGUGGGAAGCAUGAGGCGCCUGGUGAUGUACGUGGGCAUCGGCAUCAUCAUCAGCGGGUUUGCCUGGACCAUCAUCACCUUCGUUGGAGACAGCGUUCACGAAAUACCCGACCCCGAGAACGCGAACGAAACCAUUUUCGAGGAGGUGCCUCGUCUCAUGCUUCGUUCGUGGUAUCCCUGGAAUGCACUGUCUGGUGGAGGUUACGUCGUGUCCUUCGUCAUCCAGAUCCUAUGGCUGUUUCUGGCCCUGUCGCAUGCCAUGAUGAUGGACACAAUGUUUUGUUGUUGGCUCAUCUACACGUGUCAGCAACUCGUUCACCUCAAAGAGAUUAUGAAGCCACUCAUGGAGCUCAGCGCCUCGCUGGACACACUCGUCCCGCACUCUGCAGAGCUCUUCCGUGCCGUUAGCGCAACGACCAACAACCCCAUAACUUCAGGUGAUGGUGACGGUAUUCGCGCUAUCUACAGCAAUCAGCACGACUUCUCGAAUUUCCGUCUCAAUACCGGGGCACUGGCCAAUAUCAACAGUGGCUCUGUGGGGCCAAAUGGGCUGACGAAGAAACAGGAGGUGCUAGUACGUUCUGCCAUCAAGUACUGGGUGGAGCGACAUAAGCACGUCGUAAGAUUCGUCAGUAACAUUGGAGACACAUACGGCUCGGCUCUGCUGUUACACAUGUUGAUCAGCACAGUGACCUUGACACUGCUGGCCUAUCAGGCCACAAAGAUUGAAGCCGCGAACGUGUAUGCCUGUACAGUAAUCGGCUAUUUGGUGUACACACUGGCCCAGGUGUUCCUCUUCUGCUUCUUUGGCAACCGACUCAUCGAGGAGAGCUCGUCAGUGAUGGAGGCUGCGUACAGCUGUCAAUGGUACGACGGAUCUGAGGAGGCAAAGACUUUCAUUCAGAUCGUGUGUCAGCAAUGCCAAAAAGCCAUGAGCAUCUCUGGGGCAAAAUUCUUCACGGUGUCGCUAGAUCUGUUUGCUUCGGUGUUGGGUGCUGUAGUGACCUACUUCAUGGUGCUGGUACAGCUCAACUAGACGCAUACGGAACGCGCUCCAGAAGAGAAGAGACAGUUCACGGUCUCAUCUGCAAAUCACGUCCAUUACACUUCGUUACCUACUCGGCAAAAUGUGGCAUUUAACAAGUCGUUUGUCAUAUCGAAAUAAAAUACCUGAGUAAACCAUUUAGAAAAAAAUCAUUAAUACUAUAACAUUUAAUAUUACUGGAAGUAUCUAAUAAGUAUUUAUCAAAAAAAAUUAGAAGUUGUAAGAAGUCUGAAUGUGCCUUUUAUCUGCUUCAUACGAAAUUACUGUUAGUAUUUAAAUUAUCACGUAAAGUGUAAUGACGACUUUAGUAUGGUCUGAAAGUUCUGUUACUAUAAAAAGACGUUUGAAACGAUCUCCCAGUACCUGCAAGAGUAGAUCUGACUAUAAAAGACGCACACAAUAUUAAACCAUUUAUGAUGAUUAUAUAAAUUACAGAUAUACUUAAAUCGCUGUCCAACAUACUGAUCUACAAUAAUUACAAGAUGAUAGCUUCUUCUGGGUUGUUGUACCGUGUAGUCUGGUAGAAGUUUACCAACACCCUGAUUAUGGAUGCCGCAAGCACCUCUGAAACAUCCGUAAAUUUCUACCAGACUACACGGCUCAACAACCCAGAAGACAGCCAUCUUAGUACUCACCGCCGUGAGGAUCUCAAAUCAUACUUAAUAAUCACAGAACUAAGAAUCAAGAUCCAUUGGAGGUUGAAUGUGUUACAGUUUUAUUAAAUUAGCCAAUAUGCUGACAGUGAUGCCAAUUUAAUUUGAAAUAAUUCCAUUAUUUAAGAAUUACGGAGAGGUGUACAUUUAACACCGCAGUGGAAUCACUCCCUUUUCGAAAGGACUGACUCCACUUAUCGCAUAUGUGGUAAAUAAAAAUACUCGUUAAGUUUUAAAAUAUCUAACUCAAUAGCACGAAGUCUUCUCUCUUUUGUUAGGAUAAAAUUCCCAUGUUGUCACCAGAUAGUCUCUGUUUUGAUGUAAAAUAUAAAAAUGCUCAUCAUUUAUUCACAUAGAUGGCACUAACAGGAAAAAACCGAUAUUCAGCACCAAAGUCUCUACUUCUGCUAUUAUAAAUGACACAUUUUUAUUAGUUGUGUGCAAAAUAACUAACCAUAAAUUCGUCAGACUGAUGCCAUAAUCAUAUUCAUUAAAACUAAUAAUGCAUUAAAAUGAUUUAAAUAAUAAUAUGUAUGAAUGAUUUUAUCUUGUCUGUCUGUGAUAAAACAUUGGGUAUAAAAUUUUAAUCUCACAGGCAGGAUUACGUGCGUACGUAGUAGUAUUUUAUUUUUUAAUACAGAUCGUGUAUAAAAGCAAUAUUAACCUCACUUGUCGAUGGACGACAAUUUGUUUAUGAACCACACAGUUUACACUUAUAAGCUGCAAGGAUUAAAUAUGUCAACGGAGGCGUUUAGAUACACUGGAGGAUAAUAUACUGACAUAUUGCAGCCUUUAUUUAAAAUAUUUUAUACGGUUUGCCAUUUACUUCCAUAAGAAUUUUAAUUCUAUUUUGUUCAGGAGAGUGUCUCAUUGACAUGUCUUGUGGGGCUGAUGCAACGUGCGUUCACACUGAGAACUCUGUCUAAUAACCGUCUUAAACAGUUCUAAAACGCGCACAAGACGCUAAGCUGCAGCACCGGACGUUGUGUGGAAAAGCUGGCAGUUACCUUAAGAAAGUCGACGGAAUAUUGUCAGAGUUAUUGACAGCGUCACGAAGUAAAUCAUAAAUGAAAUAAAUAUAUUAAGAAAGUAUGUGCGUAAAAAUAAUGUAAAUAUUUUUUUAAAAUUUAAAUCUACCUAUAACCAUAACUUAUUCUAUCGUUUUAUUGUUAUGUAUAAUUUAAUAUUAGCAACACAGAGUACACGGGACAUUCAGUAUUAUAAUUACGUAUAAGUAGAGCGUUAUAUUUCGAGAUCAAAAUUUCAGUUCCUAGCUGCUGAGGCACAUGUCAGUGUUUUAUUCACAGUCAGCGAAACCAUGCAACUACCUUGAGGUUACAAAUCGCCAAUCAUUUUUUCGGUAUUGAACUUUGUACAUAGACAUAGUUGCAGAUAUACAAAUAUUCUGUCAUACAUUAGCGACAUAUUUAUAAUAUUUUUAGCUUAGAACUGAACGGUGGUGUAACCAUGAUAACCAAAUUCUUGUACUUGCAUUCAGGACGCCUGAUAAUGAGGGCGUCGGAGCUUAUAAUGACUGGGAAAAUGUUUCUGAAGAUAAUACACUUUAUGUAAUGUUAUUCACUGAAUAAAGUUUACUCUAUACAUA